AUGCAACAGCAACCUGAUGUAUACCUCGAAUCUCACAAACAGGUCCUUAAGUGGACCAAAGAGUUGGAAUUCUUAGGCUAUAUCCUCUCAGAAAUAGUCGACCCGGAUGGCCUCGAAGAAAGAGGAUAUUAUUGUCACCAGGCAGCGGACCUCCCGGCAAUUGUCGAUACCCUCGAAUGUGCUUGCUCCCAGCCUGGCAGCAGGCUCCGUGGUGUAUUAGGCAAACAAGCCGCAAAAUAUUUCUCAAACCUACUUAAAAAAUCGAAGCAAAUACGGAAUGUCAUGGCUCACCAUCUUGCAUUGAGUGAGGAAAGAAUGUUGGCCCUGCAAGGGACAAAGCAGGAGCUUGACCAGAUAUUCCAGUGUGUUAUAAGUCGAGCUGCAUCAAGAUAUAACAUCCAACAGGUCACUUGGUAUCCCGAUGACACUGAGUUCAGCGGAAUAUCAAACCGUCAUACAGAAACCAUCGCUUUGGGCGGUGAGUCACCACUAUACCAGCGCCAGAAAAUCCUUUGGUCAGAAGCAGGACCGUCAAAUAGGCCGAAAAAGAAGAAACAGAAAAAGCCGACAGAAGAAAGCCGAGCGGCCCAUUUGAUAGCUCUCGAGGCGUCUUUAAGGCGUAAGAUUAGUAAAAUUGAGAAAGAAAAAGCACAGAUCAUGGAGGCUAGAGCUCGCAAGCUUCAGAUAUUGGAGCAAACAUACCGUCAAAGGUGGCAGGAGAGAAUGGAAAAGAUCAAUCGCAUUCUGCUUUUGACGAAAGAUGAAGAGCGAGACCUAAAAGUCCAACACGGAAAGAUAUUUGGCGAACCAUUUGGAGCCAAUGUUAGCACGGAUGCACUUUUUAUUCUUAUGCUCCUAGCCUUGAGCUCUCCGUUGUGGCUUUCUGGAUUGGUUAUCCGCAAAGUUGGGGUACAAAUCAUGAGGUGA